AUGUCAACAGAAUCCACGCAAUCGAAAGCAUGCUGCAAUACGCCUGCAGUCAUCAGCAAAGGCUACACACCGAAAGGUGAAUAUAUCGAUGUCGGCGGUCACAAAACAUACGUCACUGGUCCUAGCGACGCCAAACAAGCCAUCUUCGUCGUCUUUGACAUCUUUGGCUUCUUCCCACAGACGCUGCAAGGCGCCGAUAUCCUUGCCUACACGGACAAGGACCGCCCUUACCAGGUCUUUAUUCCCGACUUCUUCGAUGGCAAGCCUGCGGAUAUAAGCUGGUACCCACCGGACAACAAGGAGAAGGAGGCCAAGCUGGGUGAGUUCUUCAAGACUUCUGCAGCGCCGCCAAGGGUAUUGCCCCAAAUUCCGAAACUUGUGGAGGAGUUGGGAAGGAAGAGGGGUGUGGAGAAGUGGGCGAUUUUAGGAUACUGCUGGGGUGGAAAGAUUGUCAAUCUGUCGUCGAUGGAAGGUACACCAUUCAAGGUCGCAGCGGCAUGUCACCCAGCCAUGGUAGCAGCAGACGAUGCGCCUGGCAUCACAAUCCCAUAUAUUAUGCUCCCAUCUGGCGACGAGCCCAAGGAUGAUGUGGAGAAGUGGGAGAAGGGGCUCAAAGUGCCGCACAAGGUGGAGUGGUUCCCAGACCAAGUGCAUGGAUGGAUGGCUGCUCGAGGUGACUUGGAGCAGCCAAAGGUCAAGAAGGCGUACGAAGAGGGAUACAAGAUGGUGUUGGAUUUCUUCCACCAGCACAUGGACUCUGAUUCGAAAUUGUAG